AUGUUCGAGGCGAUAUUUCGUGGGUUCUGGUUGAUCUUCUGGAGCCAGUCGAUCUCGACGUGGAAGAGGCAUCUCGCACACUUUACUGGACCGAUCGUGGUGAAAUCCCGUGGAGCAACUCGCUAA